AUGGUGGUCUACGAGGUGACCGUCUACACUGGCGACCGCGUUCAUGCCACCACGUUGAACUACAUCCACAUUAAGCUGGUGGGCACCGAAGGCGAGAGUGACCGAACGUGGCUGAUGUCUUUGAUUAUCUUCAGGGGAUCAGUGUCUACUUAUACUGUGACCUGCGAAAACUCUCUAGGACAGCUACUUCUGAUAGAACUGGAAAAACAAAAAAAUUUCAUGGUCCUUAGUGACGCUUGGUUCCCUGACAAGGUGGAAAUCAAAUCACCCGAGGGCGACGUUUACACUUUCCCCGUCUACUGCUGGAUCAGUGACACUGAGACUCACCGCUACAGAGAGGGAAAAGCUCUGAGGAUCUUUGAAGAAAACAACCCUCUUGGUCAGUACGCACGGGAGCAGGAGCUGAGCCAGCGGAGUAAAGACUAUAGCUGGGACAUGUAUCACCCAGGCCUGCCAUACAGCAUUAAGGCAGAUGGUCCCCUUACCCUGCCGGAUGAGGUCCAGUUCUCCUUCACCAAAACUACACAGUUUGCCUUCACGGCAGCCAUUGGGUUAGCAGAGCUGAAGCUAAAGGGCCUGCCAGAAAACCACGACAGUUGGGAGAAUCUCGACGAUAUCAAUCAAGUGUUCUACAAAAAAGACACAGCCUUAUCAGCUUUGUGUCGAUCGGUGCUGCGAGCUAGCACACCGGAGCCGGCUAGCAUUACCGGCCUGAGAUACGGAGGUGGAUUUUUCCUUCUGUUGCUGGAUGAGUCGGCAGAUAGACCGUGA